AUGAGCGCGACAGAAGCUGCUCCUGAGUCGGGUGGGGACGGCUCACGUUCGCCGGCACGACAACAACAUAUCAACCACGCGACAACCAGCACGAACGGACCAGCGUUGCACGGAGAUGAUGACCAUGGAGAAACACCCAUCCCAAAUGGAGACGGGAGCGGGGAUGGGGAGGCCGGGGCCGAUGUCAAGAUGGAAGAUGACGAGGAGGCCACGCAACUGAAUGAGGGAGACGACAACGCAACAGCAACGACCCUUCGACCCGACCCACUACCCAGCAUCAAGCGACGAGAGUCAGAAGGUGCCGACCAGCAGCCGCAAUUCAGCGAGCGACCGACCAGCAAGAAACGCAAGAGAGGGGCAUCCCCGCCAUGGCAGUUUCCCACCGCCGACACCACCACCCUCAAGUCUGCGGACGGCCGUCGCAUCUCUGCCCGCGUUAACACCGCUACUCCAGGGGUCAGCGACAAUGACGCCGCGCGUGCUAGGAGCAGCAGCUUGUCCCAACCGCCUGCCAACCCACUCGCCCCCGGCUCGGCCCCGCGCUCACGGGAGAGCCCGCCGUGGAAGAAGUUCGAGGCUGCUGGACCCACGAGCAUGGUGGUAGAUGGUAAGCGAAAGAGUGGGAGAGUCAACAGGGAGCUCGGAGACACACCCAAGCGCGUCUCUCCACGGUCGGCGAAAAAGCAGGAUGUCAGACCUGCGUCAUCGGGCAAGACUGCGACGAAUUCGCAUGUGAUAGAACGGAAGCUAUCGAUGUCACAAACGCAGUCGUCGUCCAAGACAAGGGAGUCUGGUAGACCAUCAGAGUCGACGGAUAGUGAUACCAAGAUUGCAGAGCUGCGCGCACGAAUUGAGGCACUCCAGCCAAGCCGUUCGUUCAGCUCACCAGAACAAACGAAGCGAAGUCACAAGCGGAAAUCCAACGAUGAAGAUGUGUUCACUGCGCCGAAAUCACCCAAAGCUUCACGUCCCCUCAAACAAACGCUUUCACCAGAAGUUCACCGACCGUCACCGAAGAUCAAGUUGCGCUUCAACGGACCUCGACGUGUCGUCCCUCCACCACAUCCGAAUGCGCAACCUCCUUUACCUGUUCGUCCACCCCGGCCAAGUGUAUUUCACGCGAUUGAAGACUUCGAAUUGCAAGAGCUGCAACAACCUCACACGGAGAACGAGCGGGGACCGCCGGAUAUGGCGUGGUUUCUGCAGCGCAAUGAGCGCCAGGCAAUCGAAGAGGCUGCGAUGCGGAAAAAGAUACUUCGAGAGGCGCGACCCGGAGGGAUCCUGAGCAAGGAGAGGCUGAGUAUCUACCAAGAUGCGGAUCCGCAGCCAGAGCCUCCUAAGCAGUACGGCCACCACGACCACCUUGUCGCGCAUGCCUUGCAUCUCCGGCACCUUCAACUAAGGGAGAAGGCGGCGCAUAGGCAGCUUGCCAAGAAGGUCGCGAACGAGGCGCUAGAGCUUUGGAAGAAGAAGCGAGGGCCUACGGAAGAAGACUUGCGCGAAGAGGCGGAUCGCAUGUUCAGAUUGAUCUACAAGCAGGUCGUGUUCGAUGUCAAGGCGAAGUGGGAUCUCGUGGCACAGCAUGUUCAGCAAAGGCGGUUACGCGAAUGGGAGGAGCAGGAAGAAGCUAAGCGGCAGGAGAAGUUGAGGAAGCAGCUGGAGAAGAGUGAACAUAUGCUUGCGCGGCAGAAGAGUGGAUUGCAGGCGCUUAGUGAAGAUGAGGGGGAUGAGGAUGAAGGAAGCGACGAGGACGCUGAUGAGAGCGAGAGUGGGGAGGAGAAUAUGAGCGAUUCGAGCGAGGAGGAAGAGGAGAAGGAGGGUGAGGAGGAAGAUGGAGGUGGCGAGAUGGGUGAUGAUGAGCUGGCGGCUUAUCUUGCACAGAGGAAGGCUGAGCCGCCUGAUCGUCCGAGCGAGGACGCUGAGAUGGCGGACACUUCGUUGGCUGAGAUGCCGGACGAACGAGAGACGCCUGCAGAAGCCAAUCAAACGGAGAACGAGCGCGCAGAGCAUGACCAAGAUGAAGACGAUGUGUCCAUGGCUGAUGCGACUGAGAAGCAGCAAGGCAAACCCAUAGAUGUUCAGGACACCAUGGACGCUUUGUUUGCCGACGAUGCCGUGGAUGAUGACGAAGAUGCAACCGAAGAAGAGUUCCAACCUGAUAACGACGAAUCUGAAGCUGUCGAACACGAGCAAAGCGACAACGAGCGCGUCUCGGUUCGGCGAUCAAGGAGGUCAUCUCAGUCGCCUGUUGACGCAGGGGACGAGGAGGGUGAAUUCUCCUCUGAUGAGUCCACUGACAUGGAUUCCACGGAUUACGACUCUGACGAAGACAUGAGUAGUACUGGUGAAGAGGACAACGCAGCUGACGAUGCCGAUGAGGAGGAAGGGGCCAGUGGCGAUGAGCAGCCGCUGCCCAAGAACUCUUUGCUGAGCCUCUUCAAGGAUGAGGUCAAAAACAUGGCCGGUCUGCCCACGCCUACCACCAGCGCUGAAGGCGACGAACGGGAGCACGCGGUCGAGGAGCAAGCCGAUGCCAAUACCGGAGCUGAAGACGUAUCCAUGCUGGACGCCGUGGACGAGCAGUCACGGCAAGACUCUAUCCAGGACACUACGAAGCAGGAGGCAGCAGAAGCCUUGCACUCGGCGCGCCCCAGUGCCGAGCCAGAGACGUCCGUUGAUGCUCCGUCGAACAACCUCGUCUCUCACCCAGCUCUGCUCAGAGGAACUCUCCGAUCUUAUCAGCAUGCCGGUCUCGAUUGGCUAGCCACCCUCUACCGUCAAGGCACAAAUGGCAUUCUGGCCGAUGAAAUGGGUCUCGGGAAGACCAUCCAGACCAUCUCGCUCCUUGCACAUUUGGCUGAGAGGCAUGAGGUCUGGGAGCCUCACCUGGUCAUUGUGCCCACGUCCGUCGUACUGAACUGGGUCACGGAAUUCCAGAAGUUCCUUCCCGGUUUCCGCGUCCUAGCCUACUACGGUCCAUCCGAAGAACGUCAAGUCAAGAGGCGACGCUGGGUGAACGACCCUCAUCACGUGGAAAAAGACAAACGCGGGUACAACGUCAUCGUCACAAGCUACAACAUCGCCAUGCAGGACAUCAACGCCAUCCGGAAUGUUAAGUGGCACUACCUCGUGCUGGACGAAGCGCACAAUAUUCGCAACUUCCAAUCGAACAAGUGGCAGACCCUGAUCCGGUUGAAGACGAAGGCUAGGCUUCUGCUCACCGGCACGCCUUUGCAAAACUCACUGACUGAACUGUGGUCUCUGCUCACCUUCCUCACUGCUUUGGACGACGAUCCGGCCCACGGCGACCUCGAAGAGUUCUUGAGUCAUUGGAAGGAACCCGUCAACGAUAUCUUCAACCGAGGCGUCUCCACGCUUUCCACAGAGUCCCAGCGAGUGGUCGACCAGCUUCACGUUUCGCUACGCCCAUUCCUGCUCCGCCGCCUGAAGAGCGAGGUCGAGAAGCAACUUCCGAAGAAGACGGAAGAGGUCGUCGUGUGCAAGCUCAGCAAGCGGCAACGGCAGCUUUAUCAGGAAUACAUGGGCUUGGCUGAGACGAAGAGGAGUCUGGCGCAUGGUAACGCUGUGUCUGCUGGGAAAGUGCUGUUGAGUCUGCGGAGGGUGUGCAAUCAUCCUGAUCUGUUCGAUCCGAGGCCUAUUGAGACCAGCUGGGCGAUGGAGGGGAGUGUGCCACUGGAGUUUGAGGGAACAGAGGACAUUGUGAGGAAGAUGCUGGGAGUGAGGGAAGAGGUGCCUCACUGCUUCCGGCUGGCUGCGAAGGAAAGGCUGCGAAGUAGCAAGGUGAAGAGGUCGCAGCGACUCCAUGCGAGCGCGAAGCUUGAAGCUGAAAGAAAGAGCCUGGAGGCGAGCAACGCAAGCGACGCGAAAGCCGAUCCAGGGACCCUUGCCGGCUGCAUGGCUCUUCGACGUGUUCAAGAGAGGAGGGAGAAGCUGGAUCACUUGCGAUCAAGCAUCGACAUCUCCAAGGAGUCGCUGCAAGUUGUGCCGAUGUACGGCUCUGACCUCCGCGAGCUCGUCACCAUCAAGAGUGGACGGUGCUACCGGGUCCCGGUACGGGAUAUUCGCGGACGUAUCAUUGGCAAGGCGCUGCGUGGCUGGCCGGAGCUAGGUCGACAUCCGUUGCGGUUUGAGAACGACCAUCCCUCCGACUGGGCGCUGAGCAAGACGAGCAUGUUACAGCGGAGUGUGCAGACGGCUGAGCGAUAUGCGGACACUCUGCGAGACACGAUCGCGCGUUUCGCAUUCGUCACGCCUGUCGUCACUGCUCCCGUCCUCAACCAAGCUCUCCCACCUCGCACGCAACAAGUCCUCCGAGCAUCACCCUCCUACCCACUGCAGCCAGACUACGCCCACGAAUCCCGCACCCGCACCGCCAUCGCCUUCCCGGACUCCCGACUCCUCAUCUACGACUCCGGCAAGCUGCAACGCCUCACCCACCUCCUCCGCCAACUCCAAUUCGAGAACAGUCGCUCCCUGAUCUUCACCCAAAUGACCGGCACCCUCAACAUCCUCGAGCAAUUCCUCAACCUGCUCAACCUCCCCUACCUGCGCCUCGACGGCAGCACCCCCGUCGAGCGCCGCCAACUGUACGCCGCUGAGUUCAACCGUCCGGACUCGAAGUACCAGUGCAUGAUCCUCUCGUCCCGCGCGGGGGGUAUCGGGCUCAAUUUGACCGGUGCGAGUUCGGUCAUCUUCUACGACCUCGACUGGAACCCGCAGAUGGACCGCCAGUGCAUGGACCGCGCACACCGCAUCGGGCAGGUGCGGGACGUGAGGGUGUUCAAGAUGGUCAGCGAGAAGACGGUCGAAGAGAAUAUUCUCCGCCGAGCGCAACAGAAGAGUCUGCUGGACCAGACGGUCAUUCAGGAGGGGCAUUUCACUACGGACUACGAGAUGCCGAAGGCCGCGCACGAAGCCGAAGGGGAAGGGGAUGAGGACGUAGCGGCGGCCAUCGACCGUUUCCUCGGCGAUGGGAACGAUGGGAAAGGAACGCAGGCGCUGGAAUCGGUGGAAGACGCGGACGACGUCGCGGCGGCGCAUAAUGCAAGGAAGGAGGAACAUCAGGACGAUGUGGAUUUCGCGGAUCGCAGUUCCAAGGGGCCUUCGAGGGCGCAGACGCCGGGGGACACUCUUGGCGAGCCUGGAGGCGUUGAAGGGGAAGAAGAGAGGCAAGGACACGUGGACUUGUACAUGAUUCGGCAGAUGGAGCGGUUGCUGGAGGGGGUCAAGUUUGUGCCGCCCCAGCCGGUGAAGAGGGAUCGGAAGGGCAGGGAUAGGGGGAGGAAGCGGGGAAUGGGGAGGCAUAGCGUGGUGUCGAUUGGGGGUAUUGUGAGUUAA